AUGUAUCGAGCAAGAAGGAUCAUUCAGAACCCGAAAUUCAAGAGGUUUUGGACGAGAUGGCGAAUUCUUAUGUGGAAAGCCGUGCUGAUGCGAUUGCACGGUCCGAUAAUUACCGCGCUGGAGAUCGUUAUAGCUGUUAUUUUUUCGCUACAAAUACGUUUGAUGUUUGAGCCGAGCGCUCUUCGUUCGCAGGGUCUAGAUUUAUACAGCCGGAACGAUAUCCUGGCGAAGUUGCCGACCGAUGUGCAAUGCUGGUACGCACCUAGGAAUGCAUUCAUCGAGGAGUUGAUGUCGAGAGUCUCGACGACGCUUCAUACGAGUAGUAAGAUCACGCACAGGUUCGCGAAAGAAAGCAAUGGAAUGAAACACUGCACGUUCCUUUCAGUUCGAGCAGCCGACAGCGAGAUCAGUCUCGUACGUUCGCGUUACACGAGGAAUGACACCUCCAAGGUGUUGUGGGCGAUAUUCGAAGUCGACGAGCACGCGUCGGGCAGGCCGGAAACUCUGAAAUAUAAGAUACGUUCGUCGGAAAUCGGCGAGAGCCGAAUGAUUAUGAUGCACGAGGAAGAGCCCGCCCGCGAAGCAUUGAAAGAAAAUGGCGAUGAAUUACUCAUAUACUCGUGUUUAUAUAUCGCCGAAGACCCGUAUAUGCUGAGCGGUUUUAUGGCGCUGCAACUCGCGAUUGAGAGAACCUUCGUGGAGAUGUGGACCGAUCUGACGUUACCGGAAAUCGCCGAUGACGGUCUCAUGAGGCUGACGAACAUGUCCUUCGCGAUGUUGUACGUCGGAUGGCUCAAUUACCUCAUGAUCACCUUGCUACCCGUGACGAUCGUGUGCACGAUCCUGCUGUCGCCUGUAUUUGUGACUGCGAACGCGCUGGUCAUCGCGGUCUUCCUUGCGAUGUACAACGUCAUCACGGCGCUCUUCAUGUUCACCAUCGGCACAUUCUUCAAUCGCUCCACGAAGGCUUUGCUCACGUCGAUCCUGUUCUGGAUCUUCCUGACGCACUUCACCCUCGUCCUCGAUCAAUCCCUCGCGAGGGCGCCCCACCUGUGGAGGAUCGGUUCGUUGAUCCUGCCGCACAGCGGCUUGCUGUAUGGACUGGUAGCCUUCACAUCGCGCACGAGUCCGGGCGAUUACGGAAACGAGGAUUUGAGAAAUAUCCUGGGGAAAGUGAGACCGCGCGAUCACGUCGCCCCCACCUCGUAUUUGUGGCCGCGAUGGCUCUCCGAACUGAUAACGCUUCGUGAUACCUACGAUAUCGUACAUGCGAAAGAAAAGAUCUCCGUCGGAGCGAUCCUGCUCGCGUGGAUCCUGCACAUUGUCUUCUGGUACCUAGCGGCGGUGUACUUGGACAACGUGAACCCCGGAAAAUUCGGUAGCGCGAAGCCUUGGUAUUAUCUGUGCAAGCGUGUAUCUGAAAAUGCUUUGGCGCGAGAUCUUACGUUAAAUUUAUUUACAUACGUAUGGGGGAAAAAGCAGCCCUCCAUUCAAGUGAGAUGCGUCAGCAGGAGAUUCGGCAGAAUCGACAAUCGCGUUACCGCCGUGGACGACGUGACGAUCGAUUUCUACCGUCACGAGUUCAGUGUCAUUCUCGGUCAUAACGGCGCCGGCAAGAGCUGUUUAUUAAAGAUGAUUAUAGGAAUGUACAAGCCGACUCACGGUCGCGUCUACUUGGAGGGAAGGGACGAGAACGAAGGCACCGUGGAUCCGAUCGGUUAUUGUCCGCAGGAGAACAUAUUGGUGGAUUAUUUGACGACGGUGCAACACCUUUAUAUGUUCGGCAUGGUAAAUAUCGUGGUAGCACUGCGUGGUAUCGCACCCAACACUCGACCCCAACACCUGACGAUGAAAGGGAUGACUUACGAGGAUGCUUAUAGAGAAUCGUUAAAACUACUGAAGCAACUCAAUUUAGAAUCUGUUAAAGACUCGAAGGUAAAAAAUUGCUUCUUCAGCGCGCAAAGGAGGAUUUGCUUAGCGAUGGCGCUUAUCGGUAACACUAAGAUCCUAGUCCUCGAUGAGCCCACAUACGGAAUCGAUCUCGGGCACAGAAGGCAAAUGUGGGACUUACUUUCAGAUAUCAAAAGAAAGAAAACGAUAUUAAUGGCAACGAAUUCCAUGGAAGCCGCCGACCUCCUCGCGGAUAGGAUCGCGAUUAUCGUGAAUGGAAGGAUAGAGUGUUACGGCUCGAAGAUGUAUUUGAAUCGUCGAUACGGAAUUGGUUACGUUUUGAGCUUGCUGAUGCAAGAAGGUGCCGACACGGAGCGACUUCAUGAGGAAGUACAAAAUUUCUCGCCUGAUCCGAUCGCUCUGCGAAGCGUGAUGGGUCUCGUAGUGCGAUUCGACGUACCGCGGAACAGUCGUUUCACCAAAUUGCUCCAACAUUUGGAAUCCAAAAAAGAGGAGCUGGGCAUCGUGUCGAUUACGUUGAGCAUCGCGAGCAUCGAGGGUCAAUUACUCAGGAUAGGUUUAUCGAGUCACUUCAAGGAACGCAGCGUGGAGCUACCCGACGCCAAGUACGAGCUUCUCGUGCAAAAGAGACGGCGAGACUUGUUACGAAAAUGUAAUGUAAAUCUUAUACAAAUCGAACUAAAGGAUCCACAUCAGAUAUCCGAAUAA